AUGUCAACCUCCUGGGAAACUCAAGCAGCAGAAAGAGCUUCAUCUAUCCUAGAAAAAAUUCCUCCUGAAUGGAGACUCUCGCCAAUCGAUCUUGCAUAUGCACAAACCCAGCAAAAUAUCACAGGGCCUGUUAUUUCAAAGUUUCUAGAUCGAUUCGAACAGGAACUCUUAACUCAUGACUCAAUGUCAAUACUAAGAAAGCUUUGGAAUAGAGAAUGGACUGCUGUUAAAUGUGUACAGGCCUUUUGCAAAAUUGCUUGUAUUUCUCACCAAAUUAAUCCUUGCUUGCUCAACAUAAUGAUACCCGAAGCAUUGGAAAAGGCUAGAAUAUUAGACGAAUCCUUUCGAAAUGAUCGAGGAUCGAUCAAGGGAUUUCUUCAUGGUCUUCCUAUCAGUGUUAAAGAUCAGUUCCAUAUAAAGGGGUCGGAUACAACAAUGGGUUAUGUUGGAUGGAUCGGUACGUUCGAGGGAGAUGGUGAUAGCAAUCAUAUAGGAAUGAUCGAAAGCCAGAUUAUCUCUGAAUUGGAAGGACAAGGUGCGGUGGUUUUUUGUAAGACAAGCUUGCCGCAAACUGUACUAUAUGAUGAGACUAUCAAUAAUAUCAUUGGCCAGACACUUAACCCAGUCAAUCGACUCCUGUCUUGUGGUGGUUCUUCUGGAGGCGAAGCAGCACUCAUCUCCAUGGGUGGGAGCUCACUGGGAAUUGGUACUGAUAUUGCCGGUUCUAUUCGUGUACCAGCUGCAUUUUGCGGUAUCUAUAGUAUCAAACCCAGCCAUAAUCGAUUCUCCUAUCGAGGAGUGGCUAAUACUAACCCCGGACAAACACUAAUCCCCUCCUCUGUUGGUUUUCUUUCUCGCUCAAUCGAGGGUUUAGAAUUAGUCAUGAGUAGCCUCCUCUCUACCUCGCCAUGGCUCCGCGACCCAGCCGUUGUCUCAAUUCCCUGGCGAAAGGAGGUUCGACUCAACGCCAGAAAGAAGCUUAAAUUUGGUGUCUUCUGGUGGGAUGGAAUGAUGCAACCUCAUCCACCCGUUAAGCGGGCAUUGGAAAUGGUUGUGACAGCUUUGCAAAAUGCUGGGCACGAGGUCGUGGAUUGGUGUCCGCCAUCUCAUAGUAUACCAGAACGACUGCAUCCAGCAAUCAUGAACGCGGACGGCUCCCACCAUAUCCAAACACAACUAGCACUAUCCGGCGAACCACUAAUUGAUGAUUUACAAAGCUUCUAUACCUUAAAAACACCAAUGUCACUUCUCGAAUACCAAGAUCGAGCACUCCAGCUUCGAGAUUAUAGGCAGGCAUAUGCCGAUUAUUGGAAUACCACAGAACAUGCGGAUGGCAAUGUAGUCGAUGCAGUAUUAAUGCCUGUCGCUCCUCACGCUGCUGUUAUACCUGGAAAAUGGGUUCAUCUUGCAUACACAGAAGUACUUAAUCUUUUGGAUUACACGGCACUGGUGAUUCCUGUUACGCAUGCGGAUAAGGUUGUUGAUCAAUUGCAUGCUUAUGUACCGGUUAGUGAGAAGGAUGGGAGGAAUUGGGAGGCGUAUGAUAGGGAGAUUUAUCAUGGUGCUCCGGUGGGUAUACAGAUUGUGGGGAGGGUUUGUGAGGAGGAGAAGGUGGUUGGGGUGGCGGAGAUUGUGGAGGAGGUUUUGAGGGGAAUGAAGGGAGGAUGUGGGAAGGGGGGGUUGAGUUAG